CAGACACCGCGAUGGAUUUUCAAUUCGGCGAAGGCCGGGAGUGCGUUAAUUGCGGCGCAAUAUCGACGCCGCUUUGGAGGAGGGACGGGACCGGACAUUAUCUGUGCAACGCGUGCGGACUUUACCACAAGAUGAACGGGAUGAACAGACCUUUGAUAAAACCCUCGAAACGGCUGACCGCGACCAGGCGGCUAGGCCUUUGCUGCACGAAUUGCGGCACCCGCACCACCACCCUUUGGAGGCGCAACAAUGAGGGCGAACCCGUUUGCAACGCUUGCGGCCUCUACUUCAAGCUGCACGGCGUGAACAGACCUCUGGCGAUGCGCAAGGACGGGAUUCAGACGCGAAAACAACCGAAGAAGACGCCCGAGACGCCGAACGCGAGGCCAUCCACCGUCGAGCACGAGACCGCCGCCGUUUCAACCGCUUCCUCCCCCUCCACGGAAUUAAAGGGCAACCAACAACAGCAACAGCAGCAGCAACAACAACAGCAGCAGCAGCAACAUCAGAUCGAAGUGUCCAAAUCGUCCGCCGGUGGUGGCUCGAGCACGUCAGAGAGACCGGUCUACCUCGGACACACGUCUCUUUUAGCGACCGGAAGCGUGGCCACCGUCAAAACGGAACCUCGAAGUUGCGAUGGCAUCGUUGGUCAACCCUAUUCCUCGUAUUAUCAGCAUCCGCAUCAACUUGGGGUAUCGAGCAGCGAGCAUCAGCAACAGACGUAUUACGGGAGUCAAGAGGCACCUUACCAUCAUCAACAUCACGUUACUGCGGCUGCCAAGUUAUUGGCAUCCACGUAAUUUCAUCUCAUUGUUCCCGCGACGCGGCAAUCGCAAAGAAAAGAAAAGAAAAGAAAAGAAAAAGAAAAAAAGAAACGAGACAAAACCAGUGAAAUUCGAUAAAUACGCGGUUUUUCUUCGUUUGCAUUUCUCGUCGCUCGUAUUUUCGUUUUGUCACUUUAUCCGUUGUCGUUCGUUAUUGCACCAUUACAAAUCGUAACGACCGAUCGACGAACGCGCGGGAAAAAUACGCCGAUAUACGAUGUUUAUGUUUUUCGUUCAUUGUUCGUCGACGACUCGCCGCCAUUUUGAAUAUUAUCGCAGUGACCGCUCAAGUAUCGAUCGAUCUUAAUCGAUUCGACUUCUCGAGGGGACGCCACGCGACGCGUAUGCAUUUCACGAUCGUGAUCGUAAUCAUACGUUUUCUCGUGCGAUCGUUGUGGAAAACACGUAUUUAUAUACAUGUUGGACGAAAACACUAGUGUAUUCGCGUAUAAAAGAUACUCGAUUGUAAAUAUUAUUCGCAAAUCACGAAUCACGAUAGAUUUCCACGGUAGACUAGUUCCAAAGGCGUGUCGAAAGGAACGCGGCGAAUCUGAGGUACGCAAACGACAAACUCGCUUUGAAGAAAUGUCAGCUUUUUUGUACAGUUCCUGUAUGAUUAGUUUUCCGACGCGCAAUAAAGAGAACACAGCUUUCGA